AGAAUUAUGAGUUUUUAUUUAUAUUUCUAUCUCCACUCCAAAUAAUUUAGACCACACAAGGUAAUGAAAAAAUAAUAAUUCUGAAAAAAAUGAAAAAUACUGCCGGGAAAUCGAGACGCCACACACACUAGUGAAUUCGUUGCAAAACCAUAUAUAUUACAGUAUUUUGUUCUUCUCAAGGCCUCUCUCUCCAUCUCAGCAACUCUCUCACUGUGUAAUAUACACACACAAUGGUGGUCGAUGUAGAGAGCCGAACCGCGAGCGUGACAGGAGAGAAGAUGGCGGCGCGUGGCUGUGAUGCGUGCAUGAAGAGAUCACGUGCUAGUUGGUACUGUCCAGCCGAUGACGCUUUCCUAUGCCAAAGCUGCGACGCCUCGAUCCACUCGGCUAACCAUUUAGCGAAACGGCACGAACGUGUCCGGUUACAAUCAUCUUCGCCGACGGAGACGGCAGACAAAACGACGUCGGUAUGGUACGAAGGAUUCAGGAGAAAGGCGAGAACGCCUAGGAGCAAGAGUUGUGCGUUUGAGAAGUUGUUGCAAAUCGAGUCAAACGAUCCUCUUGUUCCGGAGCUUGGUGGAGACGAAGAUGAUGGCUUUUUCUCGUUCUCCUCCGUAGAAGAAACCGAGGAGAGUCUGAAUUGUUGCGUGCCUGUUUUCGAUCCUUUCUCAGACAUGCUGAUUGAUGAUAUAAACGGCUUUUGCUUAGUUCCUGAUGAAGUCAAUAACACUACUACUAAUGGAGAAUUAGGAGAAGUCGAGAAGGCAAUCAUGGACGAUGAAGGUUUUAUGGGGUUCGUGCCAUUGGAUAUGGAUCUUGAGGAUCUCACUAUGGACGUGGAGAGUUUACUUGAGGAAGAACAACUUUGCUUGGGAUUCAAGGAACCAAACGAUGUUGGAGUCAUCAAAGAAGAGAAUAAAGUAGGGUUUGAGAUUAAUUGUAAGGAUUUGAAGAGGGUGAAAGAUGAAGAUGAAGAAGAAGAAGAAGCCAAGUGUGAAAAUGGAGGAUCAAAGGAUAGUGAUAGAGAAGCAUCAAAUGAUAAAGAUAGAAAGACAAGUUUGUUUCUGAGAUUAGAUUAUGGAGCUGUGAUUAGUGCUUGGGAUAAUCACGGUUCGCCGUGGAAAACCGGAAUCAAACCGGAGUGCAUGUUGGGAGGGAACACGUGUCUGCCUCAUGUUGUGGGUGGGUACGAGAAAUUGAUGUCGAGCGACGGAUCGGUGACACGUCAGCAAGGGAGAGACGGAGGAGGAUCGGACGGGGAGAGAGAGGCGAGGGUUUUGAGGUACAAGGAGAAGCGGAGGACGAGGUUGUUCUCAAAGAAAAUAAGAUAUGAGGUUCGGAAACUUAACGCUGAGCAGAGACCUCGAAUCAAAGGUCGUUUCGUGAAGAGGACGUCACUUUUGACGUGAUUUGAUUUACUUUAAUCAACACUUUAAAGAUCUUGUAAUUAAGACCUUUGAAGUAAUUGUCGUAAUGUACUGAAUAAUGAACUGAAACUCUUGGGGCCGAUGGUUGUGUAGACUUGUAGCCGGCAACUAUGAUUUUAUAGAUUGAUUGAUUGAGUAAUUUAUUGUAUAUAUCAAAUGAAAACUCUUUGUUUAUCAAAUGAAUUGGAGAAAAAAGCCAUAAUGUGUGAUAAUAACGAACACUAAAAAAUUCGUAGCGAAGACAUGUUACAAAGAAAACAAGUGUAAUU